AUGACUUGGAUACUCAGCACUGUAUGGGAGGUCCUCGUGCUAUGUCUCGCAGUCUGGACUGUGGUAAAACACUUCCGUGAACUGCGACAACAUUCGGCAGGAGGGAUUAUCGAGGACUGUUUCACGGUGUUGUUGAAAACUCAUGUGGUUUACUUUGCGAGCUUUGUUGCUGUUUCUUGCUUCCAUCUCAUUCUUGGUUUCUAUCCAACAUUCCUCACAGCUGAUUCUCUGGGUGCUCACAUUAUUUCUUGGUUUCUUCAGAUUUUUGAGGUCGUGCAGAUGUUUGUGUUGGGACCGCGCCUGAUCCUUGGUAUUCGAGAAUACCAUGCCAAGCUCGUGGCCAAUUCUGACGUAGCAACUGGUAUGACCUCAAUCGCUUUCCAGGAGCGCGUGCAUAUAUCGACUGGCAGUGGUGUGUGAUAGUUGGUGGAGUUAAC